UCUUGCCAACUUCAAGGAACUAUCCAGCGUUGUUAUAAAGUCUGUUCAUUUCACCAAUCUAUUUAACAAAGAAAUACUUGCUUUCUCCUCUUCUCUUUCUUUUUAAUGGUGUUUUUCUUCAGUAAGUGCUGUUUGUAAUUCACGAGAUUUCUUUGAUUUUUAGAUUAGUUUUUUCUUGUUGAACUUUCUUUUUCUUUUUUUUUCCUUCUGAACGAGACUGUAUCUCUGUUUCUUCCUUUAUUGCUUUUUUUUUUUACUAAUCUUUCCCUCACUUUCCCGAGAAAAUGAUGGACAUGACGGAAAACCCAAAGUUGGAUUUAGCAUCUUGCUGCGGGGAUCUUGUGUCAGAAGAGAAGACCUCCACUCAAAAGAUAUCAGUUUUGGAUCAUACUAACGGAUUUCACUACACAACUGAUCAAUCCGAUAGCUUUGUCAUUAACAUGGAAAGUUUCUCUCAUGGAGGAUUCAAUAAAGACGUCAAUCCAAAUUCAAGAAUCACAAAAAUCCUUUCACGAAAAGGGUCUCAACGAGGCGACAACAAGACUAUUGUUCCCAAUCAUACCAAUUCUAAUGAUAUGGAUUCUUUAGUUUCCACCUCUUCACCCAGAGGGUCUUGCAUGCCAGAAAAGCCGAGGACGGUGGUUGCCGGGUCCACCGAUCCUGCCACCAACCAACAAGUUCAUCAUCAGAUCGCCAUCACAACCGGCAAUAUCACUGCUGCAACCGAAAGCAGAUUUAGUUUGAGGAGGAAUAGUUUCAGGCGGUAUCCUCCACCAUGGUUGCUUGAUCCCAAGAGGAUUCUCAUGUUGUUUGCCACAUUGUAAGCUUCCAAGCUAUUAUGGUCAAGCAUGGGCACGAUUUUGCUGAUAUAUUUCACCUUGUCGAUAAGAAAAACGAAUGGAGAUGAGAAUGGCUUAGAUUAGUAGCUGGAAAAGAUAACACACCAACAUAUUGCUGAUUAAAAUAUGUUGCAGUAUAACACACGCAUGGGAGUUCGAUGCUUGACAAACAGAAAUGGAUGCAAGUGGUUGAUGAUAGGCCAUCUUUAAAAAAAAAAAAAAAAAAAAAAGGGCCUUCUUUUGAUGAGAACUAUCCAGGAAGUGAAGAACAAAAAGAAAGUUUAGAAAAAGAAGACAAAGUGGGCCAUGGGAUGACAAAAGCUAAUCAAUCUUCCAUUAACAGAGCUUCUUUAAAGAAAUUUUGGAGAUGAAGACAAGGCCUUACUCCACUAAGACAAAGAGAAGGAAUCUUUCCUUUUAAAUUUACAUAAAUAUGUAUGUAUGUAUGUAUGUAUGUAUGUCAGAGAUGAAACAAAACAUGGUAUCCUACUUUUUUGUGCUUUCUUGUUUAUCUUCAAAUAAGACAAGUUGACAUGGAGGAUCAGAAAAGUUACCUUUGCUCCCCUUCUUUUAA